AUGAAUCCGUUUAUUUUACCGCCAUUAGAGAGACCCGCUACUGGGGGGCCGUGGACUUCCCAUGUGCGGCUGCCCCCGGAAUCCGAAAAGAUUUUGGAAACUAUGCCCAAACGCCUUUUGCCAGCCAUCGAAAAGAGUUACCUCUCGGCGAGUGUAAAAAAACUUAGUAUAUGGAAGCCGGAGCCUCGUUUUGAAGAUAUGAUCGAGGCACUUGAGCGCCAGCAGCGCAAGUUGCGAGCGACGAUUGGAGGCCGUGAGCACGAAUGCCGCUACCGUCUGCUCUGGCAGCACCAAGAAGAGAAGGUAAUUAUUGAGUGUCGAACUGAAGCGGCAUCUGUAUCCGAGCUGAUGAGGCAGCGAGCGCGCUAUUCCCAGAAGGUUCGGGAUUUUGAGGCCCGCGGCCACGUUUUACACGUAGAGACGCUCACGCGUGGCCACAUAUAUAAGUCGGAGGAGGAUGCGCGAAAGCACAUAGAAUCACUUGAAGCCAUGAUGUCUCUAAAGGGGUUGCGACACAAGGCCUCACGGGAUGUAGAAUCAGCAGAGUCUAUCCUGCAUGGUUUAUGUGACGUGCAGGAGUUCGAGAGAUGUGUUGCCCAAGGUUCGUUUCACCCGUCAAAGAUUUUCAAACCUGUAACAUCGUUGAUAAUGACUCGCAACACCGGUACGGGUCAUUAUCAGGGUAGAACAGACCUUCUUAUGGACUACACUGUUUGCGAUGAGGAGUGUCGGGCAAGGGCCAGACUGCUGUUCGGCGAGAGGCUUGCACUAAUGGACCUUUAUUGCGAGCAUAACGCGGUUGUGACGAUAGCUGUGGAGGAGUCGUCCGCUCGUGCAGCAAUGUGGCGCGCGUUUCGUUGGGGCAGGUGCCAGGCACGGCUGGAGGCUUUGCUUAUAAUACAGAGAUGGUGGCGAAUGUUACGUGUGAAACCGUGGUUAGUGCGACGUAAACAGGGUAUCAGUGAGUGCUUUAGGAAGAAACGCUGGAAAAUGACUGCAUCUGACUACCAUGCUUUGCUGUCACGCAUGCGGCGGAGCCGCGCGCUGGUUGGUGGCCCGUCUUCUCUCACUGAUAUCAGGCAAUCCAUGGCUGCGGUAGAACGAGCGGCUGAAUUGUCCCAUCAAUGGCUUUACGAUUAUUUUGUGUACACGUUGAUGAAUCGAGCCGCACAACUGCAUCGCCUGAUUCAGCACGACCUGGGGAUCCACUCUGUCGAAGAGUAUGCUGAACGAAGCGCAGAAGAGGAAGAUGAAGCCACCUCGUCGCUUCCCCUUUCAUUGCUGCGGAUGCCAUACCGCGUUUUCGUUCGCAUGCAGGCGAAGCAACCGUACCCUUCAUGGCGUAUCAAUCGCUGGGUUGAGGGCUCUAUCAGCCUCAUGCGGCUUCAGGAGGGUCUUAUGGCGGAAGAAUCGCGGCUCCGUGAUGUACUGCACGGAAGGGAAGCCCGUGAAACGGAUGCGCUGAAGCUCUUUCAGUUUGUACUAAAUAAAGGUGAUUGGCCCUGGCGUUCGUUCUGUACAGCUAUGCAUUUCAUUGUGCACGAUGAGAGUAUCGGGCGCGAUCUUGUGGCAGAGAGUGAGCGGAAUGCCAGGUCUACAUUGUCCGUAGAAGAGGCCGCUGAGGCGUCACAGUAUUUUACCCUGGAGAGUGAAAGGCUUUACAUUCUGCAGGAAGAGGCCCUGCGGCGAGAGGCCAUUGAGAAGGAGGAGAGCACUGUGUUCGGUGAUGCAACAGAAGGGGAGUGGCGUUGGGAGAAUCUGUGCAAAACCCGGAUGCGAUUCGCAGCCUCUUGCGGCUGUGUCCUCCACUGGGAGCGGGAGCGGGACCGAGGUUUAGGGUCCAAACAUGUUUCACUGGAUUCGGUUGCGCGUGUCAUCACACGCUUCUUCCGCCGUGUUCAGCGACGCCGCAGGUUGGCCGCUGCCCGUUCCAAAGAUGCCUCUGAGGAAACGCGUGUUCGGGAGAUCGCGUCUGCCAUGAAAAGGUUGUUGGAGGGCAUUAUUGAGGAGGACAAGCAGUUAAUACCACAUUACAUAGCGCAGUUUGGGGCUGCCGCUACCGCUGUUCUUUCCCCGGUUUCCACUAGUAGGGCCACUGAACUUUGUUCCCAGGCUAUAGGAACCCAGGAAGACGCGUCCUAUAUUGACACUUCAGCCUCACUGUUUAGCGAAUGGUUUGAUGCGCAGGCAAGUGAACCGAUGGAGCGAAACUACAAGGAGAUUGUUGCCCGGUUUAUUGCCGCACACAAGGAUCUAUAUAGGGACAUGCAGCAUCUUUUCUACAUUGUGCGCCGGGUUAGGGAAGGUGUUGAGGAGUCUGAGUUGAGCGAGCGCAUUGCAUUGCAGCAAAGUGAGGCGUUUCUCCAAGUCGCCACCUACCAGGUAAGUGUUUGUGAGGAGAAAGGGCGAUUGAAACUCGUUGAAGAGAUUGAAAGUGCUCAUUUGGACAUGUGCGAGCAGUUGGAAAUGCUGGGCGCUUUGGCUUGGUGCACAACUCCGAGUACUAGGCCUAAACCUUUCGUUUUCCCACUAACUAAGGCGAGGAAGGCGAAACCAGAGGUCACCAACGCGUUGCUACCACUUCCCAUAUACAUGACAAAUACCAAUCGCCUCUUAUGCCGGGAGGAAGUUACACGCGUCCGAAUCGCUGUAGAGGAACUGAGGGAGUACAAGGCAUAUCUGGAGAACGCACACAACCUUCUGCAUGACGAUGUGGUGCGUGAAGAGGCUACUCAGCGCCUGUUGCUAUGUGCUAAAGUGGACAACUAUUACCCCAGUAAUCCGCCUGUAGCCCAGCUUGCAGCGCUUGUAGAAGAAGAGACUCACACACGUAUCCCGACAGAGGAGGAGGCUCUAGGCACGUACAGUUCCCCUAUGCUCCGAUCUGUCUCUGAAUACGCUGAGCACGUACUCUUCAAACGUUUCCUCCAGGGGUUCUUAAAGUUCUCGAGCGAGGCUCAGUACUUUGAUCGCCAUGUAACGGUGUUGCUCCUCCAGAGGGUUUCAUUUCUUGGCAGUAAGCUUCGCGAGCUUUUGGCCAUGGAGAGCUGUGCACGCGGGAGGUUGGAGUUUUAUGAGGAACGAUACCGUGACGCACUUCGCGAGGCAUACUACGAGAAGUAA